CUCCCCCAAAAUAUCAACUAACAAAGGUGUUUUAAAUUCUAAAAGAAGAAAACCCGGCAAUCCCUAUUCAUGGCGGUUCUUCUAAACUUGCAACCAGUCCAAUACCGUUCUCCGAUCAGAAGAUGUGGAAGGAAUAGAGUGAUCUCUAUCGAAAAAAUCCGAUGUGGGAUUGCGGAGCCGUCGGGAAAUCCGGCGCCGAUGGGGCAGAAAACGAAAUACAAAGAUGGGUUAUUUGAGAAGGUAUUCAUGUCUUUAUUUGCCCAGAAAAUGGGGAAGUUUGCGGCGGCGGAGAGUAAAGGAGGGGGAGAGAAAAAGAAGGGAUUUUUGGAUUAUGAUUAUGAGAGCUUUGUGAAUGUAUCGAAGAGAGUUAUGCAGGGAAGAUCUCGCCGGCAGCAACAAGAAGUUGUACGGGAAGUUCUUUUGUCUAUGCUUCCACCUGGUGCUCCGGCUCAGUUCAGGAAAUUGUUUCCACCAACAAAAUGGGCAGCUGAGUUCAAUGCAGCCCUCACAGUGCCUUUCUUCCAUUGGUUAGUUGGCCCUUCUGAGGUGAUUGAAGUUGAAAUAAAUGGAGUAAAACAAAUGAGUGGAGUUCGCAUUAAAAAAUGCAGGUACUUAGAGAAUAGCGGAUGUGUAGGAAUGUGCGUAAACAUGUGCAAAAUUCCCACCCAAGAUUUCUUCACAAAUGAAUUUGGUCUCCCAUUGACAAUGAACCCAAAUUUUGAAGAUAUGAGUUGCGAUAUGAUUUAUGGUCAAUGUCCAUCUUCAUUUGUAGACGACCCAGUCUCCAAACAACCUUGUUUUGCUGAAAUUUGUUCUAUGUCCAAUCCAAGUGCCCCGGUUUGUCCUAAAUUAUUAUGAGUAUAUUGUUAGUGAAUAAAAUUUGUUAAUAUUAAACAUGGGUUUCUAAUACCUACUAUACUUUUUAUUGCCUUUAUAUAAUAAUGGUGGUGGUGGAUUUAAUUUGAAUAUUGAA